AUGUAUUCACUUGAUCAACAACUUCCACCAACUUGGUUGACUAUGAUUAAUACAGUAUGUGUGAUUAAUGGUAAUCAUUAUCAACCUGAUGUAGGUGGUUGGAACCCUAAACCACCACUUAAUCAAAGAGUUAAACCUAUAAUUAAUCAAUAUCCACCACCGUUGCUGUGGAUCGAGGUUAUCUAUGACAAUUCUGGAAAUCGUGAUAAUGCUAUAAAUAAAUUCGCACGCAUUCAACCCCACUGUCUGACCACAGAAUUUGUGAUCAUCGUUAUUCCGGUUAUUGAAACCGCGUUUCCAGCAAAUUCAAAUCCAGGCAUCGUUUCAGUGGCGGCAACACCCAAAACGGCUUGUCCUUCUCAUGCUCCAUAUCUUGGUCAUUUGCCCGCGAGAAAAAUUAUUACUGUAAUUCAAUGGUAUGAAAUGAAAUGGAAUAGACAUCUUACAUUAGAAUGUGGAGCGAACUUAGAUUUUAAUGAUAUACUUGAAGUCUUACAGUAA